CGGCCGCCGGAGGAAGGACAGCAAGGCCAGCCAAGCCCAGGGCGCGAGAAGCCGGCGCUGGAGAGCCGGGACCGCCGCGGGCUCCUGCGCCGUGGGGACCUCGGGGACGCCCAUGACGGCGGCGGCGGCGGCGACCGUGCUGAAGGAGGGCGUGCUGGAGAAGCGCAGCGGCGGGCUGCUGCAGCUGUGGAAGCGGAAGCGCUGCGUGCUCACCGAGCGCGGGCUGCAGCUCUUCGAGGCCAAGGGCACGGGCGGCCGGCCUAAAGAGCUCAGCUUCGCCCGCAUCAAAGCCGUGGAGUGCGUGGAGAGCACCGGGCGCCACAUCUACUUCACGCUGGUGACCGAGGGCGGGGGCGAGAUCGACUUCCGCUGCCCCCUCGAAGACCCCGGCUGGAACGCUCAGAUCACCCUGGGCCUGGUCAAGUUCAAGAAUCAACAGGCCAUCCAGACUGUGCGGGCCCGGCAGAGUCUUGGGACGGGGACCCUGGUGUCCUAAACCACGAGGCAUACCAUUUUAUCGACAUGCUCUCCCCACCUCCGUGCCCACAGGACAUGUCAGCCUCUCUGUCCACUCUGAUUGGCUGGGGCCUGAAUACGCGUGAUGCAGCAGAAGCUAACAGCAGUCGGAAGAAGCAUAUCAUGGAAGGAGCCAACCAGCCGGGGGUGGAGAGCAGAAUCCAAUGAGGGGCUGAGGAUGAAGAUUCAGCUCCUGGACACUGAGACUGUUAAACCUCCCAGCCACAGGCCUGGCCUCGGGUGCCAUGAUGGAGCACCUGGGGCUUGCCUGGCAUCAAGGCCCCUCCCACUGAUCCUGACCUUGGUCCUGGCUUCUGCAGACUACUGUUUGGGCCCUAGCCUUGAGACUUGCCCAGAGGAAAGCAGCUCCUCAUGGUGUGCUAAGCCAAGGCCUCAGAACUCAGGAGGACAGCCUGGGAUCCAGAAGAUGGACAGCUGCUGGACUUAGCCUGCAGGCGGGGAUCUGCUGGGCAUGAGGCCUGUGUCUGGGGGUCUCUUGCUGCUUAGGUCCUUUUGGGACCCCCCCCAUCCACACCCUCUCUUGCACACUUCCUCCUUUACCUCUGUGGUCCUCCCCUCACUUUGGUGAUGGGCCUGGAGGUGGUGGGGGUGGGGUAAGGAUUUGGCCAUUACCAUUUCAUGCCUAUUCCAGAAUGAAGAUGCCCAGUGUGUGGGCGGUAACC